GUCAAUGAUAAUGAUGAUGAUGAGUAAUCGGCUAAAUUUUUCAAUAAUAAUACGAAUUGCAAUAACAAUUGUAUAUAUAAUCAUAUGGAUCAUUAUUGUUGAAAAACAAUUUCAAAUGUCUCAAACUAUGGCCGUGUCAUCCGCAUCACAAUCAUUAACGCAAUCAUCGAUUGUAUCAGCCGCAUCAUCACAAUCAUCAUCAUCAUCAUCAUUAAAUAUAUUGAAUCCAUUUUUGAAUCCAUCCUCUUCAUCCUCCUCCUCAUCAUCAUCAUCAUCAUCCACCAGACAAGUUCGCAUUGCGGCCUUAUUUACCGAAGAAGAACGUGACGGGCCAAGUGAAUUAGCCUUUAAAUAUGCCAUAUUUCGUAUAAAUAAAGAUCGAACAUUAUUGGAGAAUACAACAUUGACAUAUGAUAUUCAAUAUGUACCACGAGAAGAUUCAUUUCAUGCAUCGAAAAAAGCAUGUUUACAAAUGAAUCGCGGUGUUAGUGCAAUAUUUGGACCACAAGAUCCAAUACUUGGUGCACAUAUACAAUCAUUGUGUGAUGCAUUAGACAUGCCACAUAUAGAAGCACGUUUAGAUUUGGAGACCGAAUUGAAAGAAUUCAGUAUCAAUCUAUAUCCAUCACCAAUGAUUAUUGGCAAAGCAUUAAGAGAUUUGAUUGUCUAUCUAAAUUGGACGAAAAUUGCUGUAAUCUAUGAAGAUGAUAUAUGUAAGUCAUUGAUUAAAUUACAGCAAUUAGUGAAGCCACCAUUAAGUAAACAGAUACAGUUUAUAUUUCGCAAAGGAAAUGCCCUGUCAUUUCGUGAUGUAUUACUCGAUGUACGAACACGUGGCGUUUACUCAUUGAUCAUUGAUACGCGUCCAGAAAGUCUGCCAAAAAUUUUACAUGCUAUUUUACAAACACAAAUGAAUAACUAUAAAUAUCAUUAUCAUUUUGUAACGUUUGACAUUGAAAUUUAUGAUCUGGAAAAUUUCCGUUACAAUUUCGUCAAUUUGACCGCAUUCCGUAUGGUUGAUUCGGAAAAUUUUUCCGUCAAAACCGUGUUACGUGAUAUGGAGAAAUUUCAACCAAAAAGACAUCCAAUAUUGAAUCGUACAAAUGUGAUACAGUACGAACCGGCAUUAAUAUUUGAUUCUGUUUAUACGUUUGCUCGUGGUUUACAUUCACUGGAACGUGGCGCCAUCCUACGACAAGCGAAUCUAUCAUGUGAUGAAGAAUCUCCAUGGCCAGAUGGUAGUACUUUAUUCAAUUAUAUUAAUUCGGUUGACAUUCGUGGCCUUUCCGGACCGAUUACAUUCAAAGAAGGUCGCAGAAGUUCAUUGAAAUUAGAUCUGCUCAAAUUAAGACAAAGCAAUUUAACUAAAGUUGGUGAAUGGUCUACAGUAGCUGGCCUCAACAUUACCGAUCAUGCUGCUUUCCAGGAUUUCGGUACAACCAACAUUACGUUGCGAGUGACGACCAUUGAAUCAACACCAUAUGUUUUUUAUAAGAAAAAUCUAAACAAUCAAAUUGCCACGAAUAAUUCAAAUGAUCAUUUUGAAGGCUUCUGUAUUGAUCUUCUCAAAGCGAUUGCUGAAAUGUUGAAUUUUCAAUAUGAAUUAUAUCUAGUACCGGAUGGUAAAUAUGGUGCCGAGAAUACAACUACCGGUGAAUGGAAUGGCUUGGUUCGUGAAAUCAUUGAUAAGAAUGCUGACCUAGCCGUUGCAUCAAUGACAAUAAAUUAUGCACGUGAAAGUGUUAUACAUUUUACAAAACCCUAUAUGAAUCUAGGCAUUGGAAUCCUGUUCAAAUUACCAUCAACAAUGCCAACAAGAUUAUUUUCAUUCAUGUCGCCAUUAGAUAUUGAUAUAUGGCUUUAUGUAUUGGCGGCAUAUAUUUUGGUUUCAUUGACAAUGUUUGUUGUUGCACGUUUUAGUCCAAAUGAAUGGCGAUUAUCACAUCCAUGUGUUGCUGCAAUGGAUCCACAACAUUAUGGCGCCAAUGGCAAUGAUGAGGAUAAUGAUAAUAAUAAACUUGAGAAUCAAUUUUCAAUGGCCAAUUCAUUUUGGUUCACCAUUGUAACAUUGAUGCACCAAGGAUGUGAUUUGAAUCCAAAAGCUGCUAGUACUCGUAUUAUUGGUGCCAUAUGGUGGUUUUUUACAUUAAUUCUGGUUAGUUCUUAUACUGCCAAUCUUGCUGCAUUCUUAACGGUCGAACGUAUGAUCACACCGAUACAAAGUGUUGAAGAUUUAGCUGCUCAAUCACGUAUCCAAUAUGGUACACUGGAAUCUGGAUCAACAAUGACAUUUUUUCGUGAUUCACAAAUUGAAACUUAUCAAAAAAUGUGGCGUUUUAUGGAAAAUCGUCCAAUGGUUUUUGUUAAAACAUAUGAUGAAGGUGUACAACGUGUAUUGGAAGGCAAUUAUGCCUUCUUGAUGGAAUCAACAAUGUUGGAUUAUAUGGUACAACGCAAUUGUAAUCUAACGCAAAUUGGUGGUCUGCUUGAUUCAAAAGGUUAUGGUAUUGCAACACCAAUAGGUUCACCAUGGCGUGAUAAAAUAUCUUUGGCUAUUCUGCAUCUACAAGAGAAAGGUAUCAUUCGUAUGUUAUAUGAUCGUUGGUGGAAACGUCCCGGUAUCAAAUGUUCACGUGAUGAUAAAAGUAAAGAAGGUAAAGCCAAUGCAUUGGGUAUCGAGAAUAUAGGUGGCGUAUUUGUCGUAUUAUUGGGUGGUUUAGCCGUUGCUAUUGUCACCGCGUUGAUUGAAUUUUGUGUUCAUUCAAAAAAGAAUGCUCAAAAUCUUCGACAAUCACUUUGUACUGAAAUGACAAAUGAGUUACGAAUGGCAAUCAGUUGUAAUGAUACACAACAACAAAGACCUACAUUAAGGAGGAAAUGUUCAAAAUGUACAUUAGCCACCACAUCAUCUGGUGGUAUCAUGGAUCAUCAGCAUCAUCAUCAUCAAAAUAGACCUCAAUCUUCGUAUCAAUAUCAUUUAGAUCCAUAUGUACCAGAUAUAGGUGAUGGUACAUGUGGUCCAAACGACAUAUAUCAACAGCAGCAGCAAACGACAUCCUAUCAUCAUCAUCAUCAUCGAAAUAAAUCAUCGAUGAAUUUGAUGAAAACACAAUCAUCAUAUUCUAACUAUCAUCAGAAUCAAUUAUUACGUCGCCGAUUAGCUAAUAACAAUGAUGGUGGUGAUUCGAAAACCUUUUGGUCAAAUAUGAAUCAUAAUACACGACCAUCACAAUCUGCUCUCGUUGUGGCCACAAAUCAACAACAGAAUCAUCAUCCAGCUGAAAUUCAUCAUCAAUUCACCAUGUAUCAACAUCAUAAAUGUUGUCCACAACAUCCUGACAAACAAAAUGAUACUAAUGAAAUCGAUGUCGAUGGUUGUGAAAUGAAUAAUUGUAAUCAACAGCAACAACAAUCCAAUAUGAUUGAUGGAAAGCCAUCAACAGCCAAUGUUCAAUCAAUCAAUCAAAGCUCAAUGAUAAAUAAUAUAAAUAUAACUCAAUUAACACGUAAAUUAAAUAAUAAUUCAUCGGAUGAUCAGCAACAACUGCAGAAUAAUGGUAUUGGUAAUGGCCAAAAUUGUAUCGAUGAUGAUAAUGUCGGAUUAGACGAUGAUAUUGAUGAUAUGGAUGAUGUGGAUGUUGAUGAUGAUGAUAAUUUCCAGUAUAAUGGUAGUAAUGAUGAUAGUGCAGGAACUACUAAUUCCCAACAACAACAACAGCAGCAACAACAACAACAAUUAUUAUUACCACCACCACCACCGCCGCCAACAUUGUCGAUAAUCAAUCAACCAUUAUUAUCAUCAUCGAUUGAUUCGACAACGAUUGUGAAUAAAAUGAAUAAUAAUAUUUCACAAACGGCUUCUUCUAUUAAUAAUACUGGACGAUUAAUAGCUAUGAAUGGACCGAUUGGAUCAUUACCGAAUAAUACAACGACGAUUGUUACGGUGGUACCAGCAGCAGCUACACAUCAUCAAAUGGAUAUUGAUUAUCAACGAUAAAUCAGAUCCCCAAUCGAUUUACAUGAUAUGUACAUAAAAAAAACAGGACAGUAAACAACUCAUUAAAUAGAAAAAAAAGAGAAAGUCUAUAUAAAACUGACAAGA